UUGUUCUUCUAGCACCUGCUACAGCAUCUGGAAAUAAUAAUGAUUCCUGAAUAACCAGACUGCAAGACAACCUCGCAGGGGUGGCAGAGGGCCCCUUUUCACACCUUAGCAGGAGGAAGCAAUUUGCAACAUGGUUAUGUCUAACAAUGCAAUAAGACUAAGGGAGAUACAAAGUGCUAUUGUUGAAGACAACAGAAUCUUUGAAAAUAUACAAUCUGUGAGCAUUUCAACUAUAGACAGGGUCUUGAAAAGACAUGUAAUCACCAUGAAGCAGCUGUACAAUGUACCCUUUGAAAGAAAUGCUGACAGAGUGAAAGAGCUACGACUCCAGUUUGUACAGCCCAUAAUGGAAAUGGAAUCCAGAGAACCACCUCACACCUUCAUAUACUUGGAUGAGGCUGGCUUCAACCUGGCCAAAGGCAGAAGGCGUGGUAGAAAGCUAAUCGGCCAGAGAGCUACUGUUGAUGUCCCAGGCCAACGUGGAGGAAACAUCACUAUGUGUGCUGCUAUUUCAGACCAAGGUGUGCUAGCUCAUAUUCCUAUUAUGGGACCGUACAACACACAGCAUCUCCUUACAUUCUUAGACAAUCUCUAUAGAAAUGUCAUUCCUGAAGAUGAGAGGGACCUCAAUCGAGAUGAUCUACCAAAGUAUGUAGUAAUUUGUGACAAUGUCAGUUUCCAUCACUCUGACAACAUCAGGCAGUGGUUUGUCCACCACCGCAGGAUGCUGAUUGAAUUCCUUCCACCCUACUCCCCGUUCCUGAACCCAAUUGAAGAGUUUUUCUCGGCUUGGAGGUGGAAGGUUUAUGAUCAUCAGCCACAUACACGGAUGACACUGCUGGCUGCCAUGGAUGCAGCAUGUGAGGACAUCUCAGCAGAUGCAUGCAGAGGCUGGAUUAGGCACUCAGGAAGAUUCUUUCCACCAUGCAUAGCAAGGGAAAAUAUAUCUUGUGAUGUGGAUGAGAAUCUGUGGCCCAACAGAGAGGACCGACAUGACGCAUAGGAAAACUGCCAUAUAAUUUCACCUUUACCUUCUGUACAUGUAUAGUUUUUCCCACUUUGUCUUUUUCGGGUUUUCAUUUGUCGGUAAAUAGCCUAUGUGUAGUUUCCUUUGUUUUCUGUAUGUAAGUACCACUAUUGACAGUACAGUAAAAAUGUGAAUACAGUGUGAUCUUUUGUUUCGAUUCUUCCAU